GUUUUUCUCACAAUUCUCUUUGGGUUUCUAGCUGAGAGCUUCAAUGGGUUCUUCAUCCUCUUAUUCCUCCUUCUCUUCUUCUUCUGCUUUGUCCUCCUCCUCCUCCUCAUCUUCUUCUACUGUGAACAAUCCCACCUGCAUGCAGUGCAACUCCAACAUCACAACCUUGGUUACGGGGUGGCCUCUUGGUGAUGGUAAUGUAGCUCAGCUCUGCCACCGAUGCGGCAUAUUCUAUCAAGAAGGAACGUUUUGUGAGACAUUUCACAGGNACUCUACGGGAUGGUUAGAGUGUGCAGUUUGCCUGAAGAAGUUGCAUACUAAUUGCAUUGUGUCAAGGUCAGAAGUUCACUUCAUGUUGUUUGGAAGACUUUGUUGCAAGGUUUGUGCAACGAAACUGAUUCGAAGAUGAAUAUUGGCUUUCUGUAGCUAUGCUUUCUAUAAGCUCAAACCUAUGAUACAAUUGCCAUUUGUUUGAGAUGAUGUUGUGAAUGUUAUCAUUCCUCAGUACUUGCUUCAGUAACACACACAUGAUAUGAUAUCAUAUGAUAUGAUAUAUUCUUUCAUGA